GUGCUGUGAAUGUGAAUGGGUGAAAAUGUGGAUGAUCGGUGAAGGAGAGAUGCAGAUAUAUUGUUUGUAAGUGUAUGGCGAACACUGUAUGAGUGUGUGUGCAAGUCUGUGGAUGAGCACCACGCCUCCAGGCUUCUGAGGCAGGAGCAGGUUUUUAUUACAGUAGUUUUCCUCCCAGAGCUAGACAGAGAAGCGUAAAUCCCCUUUCCCUCACAGAAACAGCUUCACUGCCACACACUCUCUGAAGCCAACCACUCUCUGCAAAGCCUUCAGCAUGGAGCUCAGAGUUGCGUGUCUCCUGAUUGGAAUGCUCCUCAUCCAGGGAUCAGACCAGCAAAGCGCACCCAGGAAGAAGCCCCAAGUUAAAAAGGCCUCAGAUGUUCAAAGCACUACUGCCAUAGAGGAGCUACAGAAGCAGAUCAAUGACAUAGUAGCAGAGAUGAACCUGUUGAAGGAGAAGCAAGCUCUACAAACAGUUUGCCUGAGAGGGAAAAAGAUCCACGGCAAGUGUUUCCUGGCCGAGUCGCAGCAGAAGAGAUACCACACGGCUAGUGAAGACUGCAUCGCUAAGGGCGGCACUCUGAGUGCGCCCCUCAGCGGCCUGGAGAACGAGCAGCUCGUGCAGUACGUGCGGGAGAGCCUGGGCACGGACGCUCGGGUGUGGCUCGGGGUCAACGACAUGCUGUCCGAGGGUGUCUGGGUGGACCUGACCGGCUCGGCCGUGCGCUUCAAGAACUGGGAGACUUCGACACGCCCCGCACAGCCUGACGGGGGAACCGCGGAGAACUGCGCCGUCCUGUCCGCCUCGUCCGGGGGAAAGUGGUCUGACGAGAGCUGCCGCGUGGAGAGAGCCUCCGUCUGCGAGUUCAAAAUCGUCUGAGAGGCGAAGGUCUUCCUUCAGCUCUCACUGUCCUUUCCAUUAGGUUUUACUUUCCAUCGCUCCUCAGCAGCGGCCUUGCCAGCAUUGUGUGGGCUCACCCGAGUGUUCCUGUUCCUUUUGUUGAGGUUUUGGGCAGAACUGAGAUGGUCAUUACAUUCUGUUUUCUUUGUCCUCAUAAAUGCUGUCACGUUUCUUUGAGUGUCUAAUUAUACAAGUACAGUUAAACAGUACAGAUUAUAUGUGUUGCAGCUCACUUUGAAGGAUCAGGGUUAAACCAGAAUCAGACCUCAUGGUCACUAAAUUAUUAAAGAGGGAUUUUAAAUAAUUGGUGAUUGAAGGAUUCCAAGGAUUCAAAAUUUCCACAUAAUUCAGUGAUUGAGAUGUAAACAAAGUUAUUCAAAGGGGUUUGAUGAGAAAUGGUAGAGAAUCGUGCAUAGUAGAGAAAUUUUAGACCUGGAUUUUCUCUACAGUGGCGGUGGUGAUGGGAACUCGGGGUUGUGAUGUCAACAUAAAUAUAGACAUUUUAUGUACUGUCCAAAGCCGCCAGUGAACCUACAGGUGUCUUCUGUGUUUUUACAUGUAAUAUUGAUAAUGGUAACUGUUAAAUCCAAGACAUGAAAUAAAUACAUACAUAAAUAAGAUAAUAAUAAUAAUAAUAUUAUUAUUAUCUUUGAGGACUAUAUUUCAUGUGUGUAUGGCUCUGCCAUGAUUUAAAAAAACAAUAUUUUAAUCGAAUACCUUCUCAAAAUUGUUGUAAAACGUCCCAGGCAAGAACGUAUUUCUAACUAUUUCAUGCAGUAAUGUUUCUUAAGGGAGCUUUGAAGCACUAAGACACCUCAGCUGUCUGGUUCCCAUCACCCCCACUGUGAACAGUUCCACACCAAACCACUCUGAAUUACAUUGUUUACUUCUUAAUAAUUUAAUUAUGAAAAACAUUUGAGAAAUCAGUGGAAUUCUACUUUCAACUGGCUUACAUUCACCAGUGUGUGUUAUUCAUAAAGACUCGUUUUUGUGUCCCCUUGCUGGCUAAAAAUGCUGCAAGCUUUUUUCUCACUUUAGCUCUUCAGCUACUGAUCAGUACAAUAAAGAUUAUUUCAGUGCUAACUUUA